CGGUAAUGAACCAGGAGACCUCAGAUGAAGAAUCGACUCUCUGAAGCAUCGGACUCUGAACGGAACGGAGUUGAUUCAGUUGUUGUUUGGAGUUUGUUUUGGCGGUUUGGAGACGCGAACAAUCGUCUACAGCAUUAGUAAUGGCGGUUCAGGUCUGUUGCCGUGGUAACCGCUGGGCUCUGCACAUGCUCAGUCGGAGUGUAUCUCACAGCAGUGUGUCCAGCAAGACUGUCAGCGAGCUUGAAGAGCAUACACACUCUCUCUCACACACACUGUUUUCCCGCUCUGCCAUCGGACCAUUCUUCCAGGAGAAACCACUGCUCACAAACCCCUUUACCCAAGAUUCACUGCUCAGAGCUUACCUGAAGAGACACCUACCUGUGCAGGAGGUGGAGCGAGACCUGUUGCGGUUUGGUGAGCGUAUUGUCAGUGAAAUUGACGUGUUGGGCCGUCAGUGUGAGCUGAAUCCGCCCCGUCUGCAACGGUAUGAUGCGUGGGGUCGCCGUGUGGACCACAUCAUCACCUGCGACGCCUGGACACACCUGAAACGCAUCUCUGCACAUGAGGGGCUGGUCGCCGCGGGAUACGAGAGGACAUAUGGAGAAUACAAUCGUGUGUAUCAGAUGAGUAAGAUGUACCUGUUCGCUCCGUCUGCUGGACUCUACACGUGUCCUCUGGCCAUGACUGAUGGAGCUGCUAAAGUCAUACAGUCUUCAGGUAUGCUGGUCAAAGAAGUGUUUGAGCGUUUGACGUCACGUGAUGAGAAGAAAUUCUGGACAUCAGGACAGUGGAUGACCGAGAGGAGAGGAGGAUCUGACGUCUCGAGUGGCACUGAGACGGUUGCCAGGCAACAGCAGGGCAGGUUCUUCAAGCUUUAUGGUUUUAAAUGGUUCACCUCGGCAACAGACGCUGAUAUGACCCUAACACUGGCCCGCAUCACAGACGCACAUGGACACGCUACACCGGGCAGCAGUGGUCUGUCUCUGUUCCUGGCAGAGGUCUGGGACUCUGACGGUUCCUCUAACGGUGUGGAAGUUCAGCGGCUGAAGGACAAACUGGGCACCAGACAGGUGCCAACUGCUGAACUGCUGCUCGAUGGCAUGAAAGCUCAGCUGAUCUCAGAGGAAGGAAGGGGCGUGGCCUCCAUUGCUAACAUGUUGACUAUAACUCGUGUUUAUAACACCGUGUGUGCUGUGGCUGCAAUGAGAAGGAUGUGUCAGUUGUGUCGGGAAUACUCCUGUAAACGCUCCGCGUUCGGCAAACUGCUGAAGGAUCAUCCACUGCACGUACAAACACUCAGCAGACUGGAGAUGGAGACUCGAGCUGCGUUUCUCCUGACGAUGGAAGUUUGUCGUCUUUUGGGUCGAGAGGAGAACAGAAGUGCUUCAGAGAGAGACACACACCUGCUGCGUCUGCUUACACCUGUGGCCAAACUCUACACGGGAAAACAGGCGGUGUGUGUGGUGUCGGAAGGGUUGGAGAGUUUCGGUGGUCAGGGUUACAUUGAAGACACCGGCCUGCCCUCCAUGCUGCGUGACGCUCAGGUGUUGAGUAUUUGGGAAGGCACUACAAACGUUUUAUCUUUAGAUGUUCUGCGCUCCAUUGCAAAGUCUUCUGGGUUAGUUCUCCAGGCAUUCUAUGCCGACGUCAAAGAGCGUUUGGUGUUGGCUGAAUCGUGUCCUGCUCUGCGUCAGGCGGUCUUGUCUCUCCGCUCAUCUCUCUCUGAUUUAAUGUCCUUCAGUCAGACGGUGACGUGUCGACCUGCAGGAUGUCUGGAGCUCGCCGCUAGAGAUCUGUCCUACAGCCUUGCUCGCAUUUACAUGGGUGCUCUGUUAGUGGAUCACGCCACCUGGGAGAAUGCCACACACACUGACAUCUACACAGCGCAGAGGUGGUGUGAUCAGGAUUUGUGUCCAGUCGUCACUCGGGAUGCCACAGGAUGUUAUGACCCCCAAACAGUCAUCAUGGACACAGAGCUGGUGUAUGACGGCCUGAAGCUGUGAACACACACACAGAUACAUACACACACACACACACACACACAAUAACUCACGCACACACACACACACAAUAUUUAUCAUCUGACAUUCAUCAAGUGUUUGAUCACAGUAGAUUUAAUGUGGAGAGUUAAUCGUAUGGAUGAAUAUAUUUUCAUGUUGAAUGAUCACAUUGUAAACACGAGAGUUCAUUUCAACCGUUAACCCUUACUGUCAUGAACAAUGAACCUUCUCCUGUAGAAACACAUGUUCAAAUGCAGAAAUAAAAAUGUCAGAAAUGUGUUUCAAAAUGGUUUAGGCCAGCUGAAGCUAAAAAUACAUCAGUUCUUGUGUACUGAAGAUGAUUUAAUUCCCUGUUAAAUAAAAGAUCAAAUUGUUACUGGCAAUCGGUCAAAGUGCCAAAAUCAGAA